CUUCCCACCACGGCCUGCCAGUCACUUCUGACCCCCGCAUAUCAAGUGUAGCGGCAUUCAUACAUUAAUUUCGGUGCUAUGGCGUUGGCCGAAGCGAUCAUGUUCGCGAGCUUGGGAAGCUAACAGUCUCUAUCUGUAGCUUUCAAGAUGGCCGAUCCCCGCGUUGAGGAGCUCCCCGAGGAGGAAGCGAAGAAGCCCACUGUCGAGGAGCUUGACGACGAGUCCAGCGAUGAGUCCGAGGCUGAGGCCGGCGAUGCCAGCAUUCCGGCUGGCUCGACUGCCGUGAUCCACUCGCGCAACGAGAAGAAGGCUCGCAAGGCCAUGGAGAAGCUGCACCUCACCCGUGUGCACGGCAUUACCCGCGUCACCCUCCGCCGCCCGAAGAACAUUCUCUUCGUCAUCAACAACCCCGAGGUCUACAAAUCUCCUAACAGCAACACCUACAUUGUGUUCGGUGAGGCCAAGAUCGAGGACGUCAACGCCAGUGCCCAGGCUGCUGCCGCCCAGCAGCUCGCGAGCCAGACUGCUGAGCACGACCACGCCGGCCACGCGCACGACCACAAGCAUGAGCAGGCCAAGGAGGAGGAGGAGGACGAUGGGGAGGAGGUUGACGCUGAGGGUAUCGAAGACAAGGACAUCGAGCUCGUCAUGACGCAAGCCAACGUCUCCCGGAAGAAGGCCAUCAAGGCGUUGAAAGAGAACGACAAUGACAUAGUCAACUCGAUUAUGGCAUUGAGUGUCUAGUAUCGGGAGGCGCUUAAGGUUUGUUCUGUGUUUCGACAUCUACUCUUGGGCAAAAAGUUCGCCAGUGGUACUUGGCGUCGCAGCUUCAUUGCUGGUCAGUUGAACGGCCAAAAUAUACAAGCCGUCGACAGGUUCUCUGCCUACAUAAUGCCCCAAUUCGUGCAUCAAGUGGAUAAAACAUGACCUGGUUAUGAUGCUUUCAGCU